CGAAACAUUUUUACAUACAUACAUAAAACUAACAUUAAACAUAUUAAACCUUAAAAUUGUUGUAAAAUAUUGUACAUACAUUUUAUAUGUACAUACAAAGAAAGAUAUAGAGUAGAUAAAAUUCGAUCAAACAAUCAAUCUUAAUGCAUCUUUUAUAGUUAUUCUAAUAGUUAAUUCAUGUAGAUACUGUAUAAUCGAUCUGCUUUAUUUCUUGUAUGCACAUAUACUUUUGUGUCAUAUUUUACAAUUAUAUAGCACUCGUUAUCUUAAGAAUAAUAGAUGUGCCAAUCGAAGAACACCAUUGUCCACGACUAAUAAAUGAUUUCUUUAACUUCGUUUCUCUGCUUGAUAUAACAUUUGCUCGUAGUUUUAAGCCCAACUUCAUCGAGUAUAGAUAGUAGAAAUAUAUCAACUAGCAUUGUUGUUGAAAAAACGAAUUUAAUAAUUACAUAUAAAAAAAUUUUUGGAAUAAAAUCUGCAUAUUACAGAAGUGUAUAUUAUUAAUAACAUAAACUGUAUUUUAAUAUAUAUUGUCCUCCAAUAAAUUGCUAAUUAUAUUUAAUUCAAAAAUUCAACAAAAAUUUAUACGUGAAACAACAAAAAAAUGCAGAAAAAAUGGUGGUUAUGUUAUGCCACGGAUUUUCAAUCUUUAAUGUAUCCUUGCUUCAUCUGCUGUCGCAUUUUCGGAAUAUUUCCGUACAAGUUCAACGCUUCAACUUUUGAGAUUUCGAAAUCGCGCCACAUCUUGUCAACCGUCGUGAUCUGCGUAUGCUGUGUUAUAAACUUGUCAUUUAUUUACGAUAUUAUAUCAAAAAUGUACCUUGGAGAAGUAACCAUAUUAAACUUUCACUUUCUUACUUACCACGUUAUCUACAAUUUAAUACCGCUUAUCAUGAAUAUCUUGAGUGUUCCACAAAUGCAUUUACUACAAACUAUAUUAGAGAUCUCCUCAAAAGUACCUCAAAAGUCAUACCAGAAGCUAUCAAGAUUUAUCCACGUCAAAGAUAUAUUCGGUAUUAUCUUUCAAUUUGUACACCUAUAUAUGAAUUUUUCGAAACUGCGGAAGUUACCAUUAAACAUUUUCGUGAUUGCUGUAAGAACAUACUUUGUCCUAGUGGUUUAUCAGACAAAUAUGUUGUAUAUAAAUUACGUCUGUAUAUUAAAAGCCUGUUUAAAAAAUAAUAAUGACAAACUGAUGCACAUGCAAAGACUCAUGUUAAACGAUACAAAAUCAUACAUGCCCAUGUUUAUCUAUCAUGUGCAGAGAAAUCAACUUUUGCUAAUGGAACUGAAAAACCUUAAGAAAAGACAUCUAAUGAUUGGUAAUGCAGUACAAAAAUUGAAUAUAGUCUUUAGUCUGCAACUCCUUGCUACUCUAGUUAUGACUUUUAUAAAUAUCACUUUUGUACUGUAUUUCCGUGUGGUACACUGGCAAAAUGGAAUAUUCAUUAGUUUGGAUAGGCAAUUUCUCGAUGUACUGUCAGCUUUCAUAUAUAACACUGUCAUAACAAUGCUACUUGCGUGGGUCUGCGAGACGGGUAAAGAUCAAGCUCAAAAGAUCAGUACCACCAUUCACGACUUAUUUAACAGCACCAAUGAUGAGAAAAUCAAAUACGAGGUAGUAAAAUUAUAAUUUUGUAUGUGUAUAUAUUUCUCAAAACGUUCUGCACGUUAACACAAUAUUUUUUAAUAUUAAAUCCACUAAAGUAAUUGGGUUUUAUUUCUUAUUUCUAUUUUUUGUCUAUAACAUUUAAUUCAUUUGGUUACAGUUACGACUGUUUUCUUUACAAAUAUUGCACCGUAAAAUUAUUUUUUCGGCGAAAGGUUUGAAUAUUGACGCGACGCUUAUUGCAGCAGUAAGUAAUCAAUUAUUUGAUUUAGUCAACAAAAUAU